GAUCAUUCCUCCCACCAACAGAUACCCUGUGUAUGCUAGUUAUUUCUCUCACUAAUAGAUGGCUAAAGAGAUAUCAGUUAUUUCCCCCAACAACAAAUGUCCGUUUAAAUGCUAGUUAUUCCUCCCACCGAUAGAGGGCCCAAUAGAUUUUUUUUUAUUAUUUCCACCCGCAGAUGACCAAUUAACAUCUUAGUUAUUCCUUCCACCGAUAGAUGGCCCAAUAGAUAUCAGUUAGACUUCUCACUGAUACAUCCAUGCCAGUUAUUCUUCUGACCGAUAAAUUUCCUUGUACAUGUUAAUUAUUCCCUUCUUGAUAUUUCCCUUAAUGUUAAUUCCUCCCAAACGAUAGAUCCCCCCCCCCCCUCGCAAAUAACGUCUCAAGAUAAAUUUCAUUUCUCUUCCUGCCAAUAGAUGACCCUGUAGACGUUAUUUUAUUUUUCCUUUCUAAUGGGUGCUUUGUGCUUUGUUUACACAGGUCAGAUGAGUUAGAGCGAGGGUGUUUGUUUAUGCAUAUCAUACUUCCAAAAUGUCGAACCCUUGCAUUCUGUGCAAGACUUGCAAAGAAACGAAUCCUGAUGUCGUUUUCCAUCGCUUUCCGAGGACCAAAACGAGAUGUCAAAGAUGGCUAAAUGCAUUGCAGCUUGAUGUCCUCAAAAACAAAACCCCACGAGAGUUGUACAAGUCAUUUCGACUGUGCAGCAACCAUUUUUCAUCAAAGAACUACCUGACAGGGGGGCAUUACCCAGGAUUACUAGGAAAUGCCUGUCCAGACCAAAAUCUUGAUCCAGAUCAUUUACCACUCUCCACAGCAGCUGCAGAGAAUACAACUUCUGAAUAUAAAACCCCAUCAAACUUGCUUAAGGAUUCAGACCCAGAUAAUUUACCACUCUCCACAACAGUUACAGAGAAUACAACUUCUGAAUAUAACUCCACAUCAAACUUGCCUCAGGAUUCAGGGAACAAAAGGCGCAGGAAACGCAAACAAUGUGCUCCAUCUCAAAUUCAGAUUAUUCAAGAAGUUGUUUGUCAUCCCACAUCUCAUAAAGACCCUUCUCCCUGGCGCUACCAAGAAGCAUCAGCAUCCUCAUCAACACUGCAGUCAACAGCAGAGGACCAAAGGUGUAGCCAACGCAAACGAUGUGCUCCAUCUGAUAUUCAGAUUAUUCAAGAAGUUUGUCAUCCUACAUCGCAUAAAGGCCCUCGUCCCUGGCGCUACCAAGAAGCAUCUGCAUCCUCAUCAACACUGCAGUCCUCAGCUGCUACCUGUAACUCAUCCUAUGUACCUUCAAGAGCAAGGCAUCAGAUGGUCUGCAAAACUAAUGAACACAGCCAUGCUGAAGAACAUGUUGGGCCUUUCCGUUUCACAGAUCCCAUUACAACAAUUGAAAACAAAGGGGGCUUACAAAGAACAAACCUGCCAUUACAAAGAGAUUCAGAGUCAGAUGCAUCAGAAACUGAAGAGACAAUUUGUGAAAUGGUAUCACAGUCUACUCAGACCAAUACCUCAGCACCUAAUGGAACCCUGCAUUUAUCUGCACCUCCCAGUCAAGCAAAAACUAAGGAGACCAAAGUCAUGAAUCUGCCAGAAAGUGAAGCAAAGGCAGUAAAAUUCGGGCAGGAUGAGGCUACUUCUCAGAAAAAAGAAACUAAGGACCCAGUUGAUACUGAGACAUCUCCUGUAGCCCAUUGA